AUGAAGAGCAAUUUCGGCUCUGUGUUGGCACUAUGGGGAUUGUCAUUGUGUCAUCUGGGUACUUCACAGACUAUUUUGAACAACGAUAAUUCAACAGUGCAGGUGAAUCAGUCAAUAGUGGCGCCAGCCCUAGAAUCUGUUGACCAGCGAUCUUCGAACUCCACAGCAGACCUGUUUAAUAGCGAGACACUGCAGCUGACUGAUUACGUUUUGGCCAAUCUUACCGACUUGCAACUGACGAAUAUCACUCUCUUCGCUUUUGACAAUGCAACAGCCGAUAAUGUCACCAGUGGAGGACUUUCGAAAAGAACAUUCUUUCCCAGAUGCAAGACUUAUCCCGGAGACUUCCUGUGGCCUCCAAGGUAUUUGUGGAAACUAUUUGACGUCCUGCUUGGUGGUGCUUUGAUCGAAACAGUGCCCUACGCUGCGGCAUGCUAUGAUGAUUUUGGCAAGUUCAACCAGCAGCAAUGCGGCUUUCUCACGGAUAAUUGGACCAAUGGAUCUCUCUACCACGCUCAAGAUCCGACGUCAGUGAAUGCAGUCCUGUUCCAAGGCCAAUCAUGCCUUCCACCAAGACUACUCCCAAAUACUACGGCAACACGCCACUGUACCGUAGGCGGGUAUCCCAGUUACGCCGUCAAAGUUUCCAACGUGGCACAAGUCCAGCUUGCCGUCAAUCUAGCCCGAAACCUGAACCUACGUCUCGUAAUCAAGAACACGGGCCACGACUUCGGCGCCAAGUCCACCGGCUACGGAGCGCUCUCGCUCUGGACGCACAAUCUGAAGGACGUCCAGUUCUUCGAGUCAUACCGUGAAAGUGGGUACCACGGCCCAGCCUUCAAGCUCGGUGCUGGCGUGCAGGCCUUUGAGCUCUACGAAGCGGCCCACAAGUACGGCGUGACGGCGGUCGGCGGCGAAGGUCGUACGGUCGGUGUGAUGGGCGGUUAUAUCCUGGGUGGAGGCCACUCACCCCUCUCCUCGAUGUACGGAAUGGCGGCGGACCAGAUCCUGUCUAUGGAAGUGGUCACGGCAGAUGGUCGGUUUGUGACGGCCAGUAAAUCGUCGCAUCCUGACCUCUUUUGGGCGCUCUGCGGUGGCGGAGGCUCAACGUACGGCGUCGUUACUUCAAUCGUCGUGAAGGCCUUCCCGAAAAUCAAAGUCACAACACUGACUUACGUCCUUUCCACGGGAGGACCUGGCAAUAUCACAGCAUCACAAUUUUGGGGAGCCCUGCGUGCCUACUUUGACGGCUUUGUCGACUACGCGGACAAAGGGAACUAUGGAUACUUUCGGGUUACCUCCACAGGGCCGGGUCAAUUCAUGUCAGACAUGGGGCCGUGGUUCGCGCCCGGGAUGUCGAAGGCCGAGUUGCAGGCUCUGGUGGCGCCUCUCUUCUCGAGGUGGAAACAGAUAGGGGUCGAAGUGAAUCCGACCUACACAGAGUUCAAUGACUACUACGAUGCGUGGUACGCGUCCUUCCCCGUCGAACCGUGGGGAAGUACCACGAUCAGGCAGGCAAGCCGUCUUUUCCCAAGAUCUAACUGGCAAAGCGAGACGAAACUCAACGCGACAUUUGACUCUAUCCGGUCGGUGGUGGAGGACGGUGCCUACAUAAUCGCCUUCAACAUCGCCGCCGCCCCCAAGACGGGUUAUCCGGACAACAGCAUCAACCCGGCCUGGAGGAACGUGGCGAUGCACGCGAUCGCCGCCACGCUCUGGGAUCCCACCAUGCCCGAGGCGUCUAUCAAGGCGGCCAGCGACAAGUUGACAUUUGACUGGAUGAAGCGGUGGCGCGACGUAUCCCCUGGGGCAGGGGCGUACAUGUCCGAGUCGGACUAUAUCGAGCCGGACUUCAGGCAGGCCUUCUUCGGGGACAAGUACGCCAAGCUGUACCGGUUGAAGAAGCGUUACGAUCCUUGGAGUGUGUUCUACGCGCAGAACGCCGUGGGGAGCGAGGACUGGACGAUGAGUGAGAUGAUACUGGGUAACCUGCCGAGUCAAAAUAGCAGGUUGUGUCGAGCAUAG